AUGGACAGUGCGGAGACGAUGAACAAACUUCCACCACAGGAGGUGUUUUGGAAUGCCACCGCGAUUCACCAGAUAGAAGGAUUCUGGUUCAUGGAGGAGUAUCUGGAAUCCAUGGCAGCAUUCAGGUCAGAAUUCCAGCCGCGAAACGACGACAUUCUCUUGACCUCCUUCCCCAAAACAGGAACAACCUGGCUCAUGGCUCUCUGCCAGAACAUCCUCAAUCUGGAAGAAGACGAAGAAGAAGACAUUCUGACAGAGAAGAACCCGCACGACGUCGUUCCCACGCUGGACGGCGCUUACCUUGCGGAUCAAGUCCAAAAUAUUCUGCUCCAUUCAGGCCGCCGAACCACCAGCCGAUUGCUCCACACACAUUUGCCUUACAGUUGCCUGCCGGAGGCCGUGAGGAACUCCGGGUGCAAGCUCGUGCACUUGGCCCGGAAUCCAAAGGACACGCUGGUAUCGAUGUGGCAUUUCUACAACAAGAUAUUGAGACGCGAACCCACGAGCGACCCGUUCCCAAUUGAGAGGGCUGUGGAGAGCUUUUGCGGUGGAGUUAUCCCUUGGGGGCCUUUUUACGAACACGUGGUGGGCUAUUGGGAAGAGAGCAGGAAGCGGCCGGACGAGGUGUUGUUUCUCAAGUACGAGGAGCUGUGCAGAGACCCCAAAGACCAGGUGAGGAAGCUUGCUACUUUUCUGGGGAAGUCGUUUUGCCCGACGAAGAAUGGAGAUAAUGAUGAUGAUGAUGAUGAUGUGGUGGUGGAGAAAGUGGUGCGGCGUAGCAGCUUGGGUAGGCUCAAAGAGUUGGAGGUUAACAAGAAUGGCGUAUUGGAGAUAGUUCCAAUACCAAAUGCCCAUUUCUUCAGGAAAGGAACUGUGGGGGAUUGGAAGAGCUGCUUGACUCCUCAGAUGGCUAAACGCAUCGACCACCUCACACAGUUCAAGUUGCGGGGAACCGGGCUCUCUCUUGACGAUUUCUAA